CCCGGGAUUUGCUGCCCGCCGGUGGCUUCUGCCGAGCCCUCGCGUCCCGCCUGGGCUCGGCGCCGGGGCCUGGGGCGGACAGCGGAGGCUGCGCUCUGCCACUGACCCAAAGUGGACGCGGCCAUGGCCACCGCGCUCGUAUACCACGAGGACAUGACCGCGGCCCGGCUGCUCUGGGACGACCCGGAGUGUGAGCUCGAGCGCCCCGAGCGCCUGGCCGCCGUCCUGAGCCUCCUGCAGCUGCGGGGCCUGGAGCAGCGCUGCCUGCGCCUGUCAGCGUGCGAGGCGUCCGAGGCCGAGCUGGGUCUGGUGCACAGCCCUGAAUAUGUGGCCCUGGUGCGGGAGACCCAGACCCUGAACGAGGAUGAACUCCGGGCACUGUCUAAACAGUAUGAUGCUGUCUACUUCCACCCGAGCACCUUCCACUGUGCCCGCCUGGCUGUGGGGGCUGCACUGCAGCUGGUGGAUGCUGUGCUGGCCGGAGCUGCGCCCAAUGGGCUUGCCCUGGUGAGGCCUCCAGGACACCACAGCCACAGGGCAGCUGCCAAUGGGUUCUGCGUGUUCAACAAUGUGGCAAUAGCGGCCAAACAUGCCAAGCAGAAACAUGGGCUGCACAGGAUCCUCAUUGUCGACUGGGAUGUCCACCAUGGCCAGGGCAUCCAGUAUAUCUUUGAAGAUGACCCCAGCGUCCUUUAUUUCUCUUGGCACCGCUAUGAAUACGGGCGCUUUUGGCCCUUCCUGCGAGAGUCAGAUGCAGAUGCAGUUGGGCAGGGACAGGGCCGAGGCUUCACAGUCAACCUGCCCUGGAACCAGGUGGGGAUGGGAAAUGCUGACUACCUGGCUGCCUUCCUGCACGUACUGCUCCCGCUGGCCUUUGAGUUUAACCCAGAGUUGGUGCUGGUCUCAGCAGGAUUCGACUCAGCCAUUGGGGACCCUGAGGGGCAGAUGCAGGCAACCCCCGAGUGCUUUGCUCACCUCACACAGUUGCUGCAAGUGCUGGCUGGAGGCCGGGUUUGUGCCGUGCUGGAGGGUGGAUACCAUCUGGACUCCUUGUCCGAGUCUGUGUGCAUGACAGUACAGGCGCUGCUGGGGGACCCUGGCCCUGUGCUGCAGGGGUCCAUGGAACCCUGUCAGAGUGCCCUGGAGUCCAUACAGAGCGUCCGGGCUGCCCAGGCCCCUCACUGGACAAGCCUCCAUCAAGACAGUGCCGCCGUGCCGAGUCCUAGCACCUGCUCCACUGAGGGGAGGCCGCUCGCUCUGCUUCCUGGGGGCCCCACCGGUGAGGCAGCAGCCCUGGGCCUGCUGGGUUUCCACCCCACACCUGCAUCUCCCGUCCACAUGGCUGUUGCUCUGACUGGGCCAAGUGCCACCCUGGCCCUGUCCCCUGAAGUGCUGCUUCAGGAGGAGGUGUCAGUGGGCAGGCAGGAGACAGAAGCCUGGGCCAGGCAACACGAGUCCCUGGCCCAAGACAAGGCCCUUUCUGCGCUUGGGAAGUUCCUGUUCCUCGUAGAUGGGAUCCUGAAUGGGAAGGUGACCUGUGGCAUUGCAGCCAUCCCAGCCUGUGCUAAAGCAGCUACCUUGGAUGUGGCCAUUCGGCAAAGUCUGUCCCGUGGAGCUCAGAGGCUGCUCUGUUUGGUCCUGGGAGAGCUGGAUUGGCCCCUGGACAUUGCUGAUGAUGGGAGAAUUCUGUGGCUGAAUCUUGGAGGCAAGGAGACAGCUGUCCAGUCUGCGUUCCACAUCUCCACACCAUUGCCAGGGACAACAGGAGGAUUCCUGAACUACAUCUUGGGUCUGGUACUGCCUUUAGCCUAUAGCUUCCAGCCUGAGCUGGUGCUGGUGACAGUGGGGCCUGCCCAGGGGCUACAGGACCCCCAUGUUGCUCUUCUGGCUGCAAUGCUUCGAAUUCCAGCAGCAGGCCGAGUCCUGGCUCUCCUGGAGGAGGAAUCUGCAUCCCAGCUUGUAACAACCCUGGCUCCGGUGUUGCAUGGAGAGGCACCUCCCAGCUUGGGCCCUUUCUUAAUGGCUUCUCCAGAGGACAUCCAGACCCUGAAAUGUCUAAGAGCACAGCUGGAACCUCGGUGGAAGUUGCUGCAGGUGGCUAGCAAGGCUCAGGGGGAGGCAGGGUCCUGCCAUAGAGUCCCAUUGGGAAAACCACCUAGUGGAACCAACUACACAGAUCAAGCCUGUUCCUAGCCCCUCCUCCAGGACUAUGCUGUCCUGUAACCUAAGACUGGCCAAGUGGAAAUGGUUGCUCGUGGGUCCUGCACAGUGGCUCCUCCUGCGCUCCCUCACGCCACAGCAGUAAAAUCAGUUGAAGCUGG